AUGUCAGAUGUAGGGGGUGUGAUUUGCAAGGCGUGCAAUCUCUCCAUCCCAUUCCAUGGAUGCCUGUUAGACUUCGGAACAUGUAGAGCAAAGCCUGGUCAGUUCUGUAUAAAAGAGAGCCUCAUUAAAGGUGGAAUCCAGUGGUAUUCAGUGAAAGGCUGCACCGAAGACAAAUCAGAGUGCUUUAAGAGGACUGUAAGGAAUUACGAAACCCGAGCUUCUCACUGCUGCCACCGCCCCCUGUGCAACUUCUGAGGAAGUGAUCUCCUCCUCCUUAGGUAGCCAGUCAGAUACGGAGCCUGGCCUGGUCUUCACACGAUGGCAGCCUCUGUCUUGUAGACUCUUGGGGGUCACGGUCAGAAACUGACUUUGGCACUCACCGUGUCCACAUCCCGCCCCAUCCUCUCCAAUGCAUCUCACAAGAGCUCUGUAUUAGCUUUGUUUCUGUUGUUAUGAUAAAGUGUUCUGAUGAAUAGCAUUUC